GGCGCUGGUGGUACGGUUGAGGUGUUUCGACAAAAAAUGAGUAUCGAAUGCAUUCUCUGCGAGCUGCAACUGCAGCUGCGCCGGUGCGGCUGAAGUAGCUUCCAACUAGCGUUAGGCCUAGGGGCCUAUAAUAUUGCUUUAUUUUCACGAUACAUAUUCAUAGUUUUUUCUCCGAUCGAAAGGAGGGGGCAGGGAACCUAACGCGCUUUCGUGUGCAUCUGUAGCUGUGUUCGACCAGGGAGUUGGUUCAAUCAACAAGAGGCAAUCACAUCAUCAGUCUACUUUAGUCUAGGCCCUACCCUAGGUCUAGGUGUCUAGACUAGCCUAGGCCUAGCCACAGAGUUGAUGUUUUUUCAGCCGAGUGGUAGUUCAGAUAGGUGGUUUUCCAGUUCAGAAAUGGUGCUAAACUAUGUACAAGUUGUUUCAAGUAAAAUUGCUGUUGUAAUCCUAUUGUGGAUUAUAAGUUGUGAAGUGUACACAUGUGAGUUACCAGAUGAUAUUAAAAUAACUGCUGAUAUUUUAGCAGACAACCAAGGAACCGAUAAUGUUGAGGUGUCAAUCUUUGAAUCUCCUGGUAUAAAACUUGGACAAGCUAAGCCGAAGCUAGAUAUUGACCCCAGGGGGUACCUACUGUAUUGUCCUUGUAUGGGGCGGUUUGGAAACCAGGCCGAACAUCUGGUUGGUGCAUUGGCAUUUGCUAAGGCUAUUGAUAGAACACUUGCAAUCCCACCAUUCAGAACAUAUGUAAAUGUACCUUUUAGUGAUUGGUUUCAACUGGAAAGGAUGCAGGAAUUCCACCGUGUGCUCACCAUGGAAGAUUUUGUGGAAAGACUUGCCCAGGAUGUUUGGCCAUCGGGAAAACGUGUCGGGUACUGUGUGUAUCCCCUAUCCAUGAAGAAGGCAGAAUGUCAAAUGAAGCAAGGGUCUCCAUUUGGACCAUUUUGGGAUUCAUUUCAUGUUGAUUUUGAUAAAAUGGACAAGUUCAGCCUGCCAGUCCAUGCUGACCUCUCAAACUCUGAUCAUGUACUGAAUACAUUGAAAGAAAAAUGGGAUAGUAGAUUUCCUCCAUCCGAGUAUCCUGUUAUAGCGCUGAAGGGCGCCCCCGCACCAUAUCCGGUAUUCAGCGGCAACCGUUUCAUUCAGCAAUACAUGAAAUGGUCCGUAACAGUCGCUAUCCAGAUGAAUGAAAUAAUUCAAAGGAUGUUCAGCGGAGAUAAAUUUGUUGCAAUACAUCUUAGAAAUGGAUUAGAUUGGGUGCGAGCAUGUGAACAUGCAAAGGGCAUAAGGCAGUUCAUGGCAUCCCCACAAUGCAACACACCAGCUGAAAGAAAUGUAACCCACGCCAUGUGCUUACCCAGUGAGCAGGACAUCUUAACAUUGACAACCAGGGCAUUAGAACAAGAGGGCGCUAAACAUCUGUACAUUGCAACAGACAGUGAAUCAUAUGAAAAACAAUUUAAAGAAAUUCUAGAACCUAAAGGG